AUGGGGUGUUCGAGUGUAACCCCGCUCAGACGCAGCUCAUCCAUCCUACUACACAUUCAUUUCCAUCUGUCCUACAAUAUCCUGUUUUCAACACUCGAUCUCGAGUUCGACAAACUGCGGCAACUCACCCUUCAACUCAACGCGGGGCUGAUGACCGCGAACUGGAUGAGCAGACUGGGUGUCAAGACAAGAAUCAUCGACAAGAGAGGCACAAAG